AUGAUCGCCCGUGUACCCAUCAAGACCGUGGCCGCUACGGCGCAGGCUACGCGCAGCAUGUCUGCGUCUGCUAAAGUGUGGAUCAACAAGGACACGAAAGUCAUUUGCCAGGGCUUUACCGGCAAGCAGGGGACCUUUCAUUCGGAACAAGCGAUCGAGUAUGGGACUCAGAUGGUGGGCGGGGUAACCCCUAAGAAGGGCGGCUCGACGCACCUGGGCUUGCCCGUGUUUAACACUGUGGCUGAAGCCAAGAAGGUGACGGGGGCAGACGCGUCGGUCAUUUACGUGCCGCCGCCCUAUUGUGCGGCGUCCAUUAUUGAAGCCAUUGAGGCCGAGAUCCCUCUCGUUGUAGCCAUCACGGAAGGCAUCCCGCAGCUGGACAUGGUCAAGGUCAAGUGGCACCUCCGCAACCAACGCAUGACGCGUCUCAUUGGUCCCAAUUGUCCGGGGAUCAUCAAGCCAGGGGAGUGCAAAAUGGGCAUCAUGCCAGGGUACAUCCACCAGAAGGGGAAGGUCGGGAUCGUGUCCCGCUCCGGGACGCUCACGUACGAAGCGGUGGCUCAGACCACAGCUCUGGGUCUUGGCCAGUCGACGGUCAUUGGCAUUGGAGGCGACCCGUUCAAUGGCACGAACUUCAUUGACUGCCUCGAACGGUUUACGAACGACCCUGAGACCGAGGGCAUCAUCAUGGUCGGUGAGAUCGGCGGCUCGGCAGAAGAGGAAGCUGCCGAGUGGCUCAUGGCUCACGGUGAUCCCAACAAGCCUGUGGUGAGCUUCAUUGCGGGAACGACCGCUCCCCCUGGACGCCGUAUGGGUCACGCAGGUGCGAUCGUGUCGGGCGGCAAAGGUACCGCUGCUGGCAAGUUUGCCGCGCUGGAAGCCGCUGGAGUGGCGGUCACGCGAUCGCCCGCUCGUCUUGGUGUGACGCUCUUGGAGGAGAUGAAGAAGCGGGAAUAA